AUGGCAAGUUUGCCCCGUUUACCAGGAUACAUCUUUCGAGAUGUUAGCUUUCACUCGUUUUAUAAGGUCAAGGAUUAUAAAUUGCCACACAAGCUCGACAUAUUAAAUGGCUUUCCUGUAAUACGCGAUACAAAUUACGGCUUUGGUAGAAGACCGACAGACGCAGCAUCCGUUCGAUAUGCCGAAUGUCCAGAUCCAGUUGAAUAUGAUCCAUCAUUGACUUAUGGCCGAGCGCCUCGUUACGCUUUUCGGCAAUUCAUGCCCCAUUAUGCGUUAUUUGCGCAAAAGUGUCUCCGUUUCAAGGCCUUCUUCCGUCAGGGAGUCUUCAACUCCCCGGACGAGCACUAUCGAGUUCGUCACGUGGAUAUCGUUUACUACUUGGAGGACGACACGCUCUCUGUGAUAGAGCCGGUGGUGGACAAUGCCGGUUUCCAGCAGGGUAAAUUGGUGAGGCGAGGUAGGAUCCCGAAGAACGCCAAGGGAGACCCCUUCAUCUGGAAGGACUUCAACGUCGGCAUCAACGUGUGUAUUUACGGUGUAAUCUAUCAUAUCGUCGAUUGCGAUCCGUUCACCAGGGAGUUCUUGACGAGUCAAGGCAUCGAUGUCGGCGAGAAGGAGAGUCUGCCCGCGGAUCCUUACGCGGAGCAGCGCAAGAUCAAGUACGAUGGGACGACUGGUAGGACAACGCAAACGAUAAGCGACGAUGUUAGACGACGUUUUUUGGAAUUCGAUGGCAUGGUGCUAUCGUUCGACGCUAUGUGGAACGACGAUCCUUAUCGGAUACUGUAUUUUCUGACGGACGAUACUAUAGCGAUCCGCGAGAUUCACAAACCCAACGACGGCAAGGAUCCCGUAGCGAUGCUGCUCAAGCGUACCCGCGUGCCCAAAAACUGGCAAAGUCUGCCGUCCUGGCAUCCUAGCAUCUACAUGGAAUACGGAGACCCCGAGAUCACAGAGUAUUAUACCCCGCAAGAUUUUAAAGUAGGCGAAACGAUUCUCUUGUAUGGCCGAUGUUUCCUGCUGCAUGACUGCGAUGCCUUCACGCGAAAGUACUACUCCGACGUCCUGGGUAUUCCGCAAGCGGAAGCCAUUCCUGAGAAGAUCGAGAAACCUACGUCAGUCAAGUGCGAGGGGUCGCCGUAUGUAAAAUUCGAUAGCUCUGAAGACACCAGCUGUCCGUCCUUCGUGCCGAGAUCACCCAGGAAGAACAUCAUUCGUCAACUGAUCAACUUCCCGAAGAAACUGCGCUAUUCCAUGCGGAUGGAUGCGGUGCAUCCAGAGGACGAGGAUCGCGAUUUCGUCCUGGAGUACAGACUGAGCGACGGUGCCAUCCGAAUCAACGAGAGAGAGAAGCGCAAUUCCGGCCGGGACGAGGCUUGCUUCCUAUCCUUCAGGCUGAUUCCAAAACCGUGUAGUACGAGAAAGGACGAUCCGGAGUACUACACGCCGGAGGAUUUCUUUGUUGGCGCACGGAUCAACGUAUUCAAUCAUCGCUUCAUCAUCACCGGCGCCGAUCUGUUCGUGUAUCGCUACGUCGAGGCGAAUCGCGACAAAUUUUGCCAGGAGGUUCGGGAGAAUCUGCGCAACUACUUUCUACAGCAAGGUAUGCUGCAGGACGAUGUAGACGCUGAAGCUAGAAAGAUACAAGAGACGGAAGAUGAGUGCAAACUCGUUGCUGAUAAUGAAAAGAUCAUCGAAGAUGACAUUGAAGCGAAUAAGUGCGCAACCGAAGAAACUAAUAUGACUAGCUAAGAACUGAUAGCGACUUGACUAAUUAAUACGGAAAUGAUGCCUAAUGCGAAUCUCCUGAUUAAUGUGGAGUUAAUAAAUUUCUCGGCGAUUUUUUUUCGUUCCUCAAUAUGACCUUAUAUGCAGAGCACUUUGAAUAAUAUCGAUAAACUUUACAAUUGAACUCUUAAACGAAUUAACUAGUGAAAGCGAUCGAAGGUUUUCAAGCCAUUAAAAGGUAAUGGUCAAUAUAACUUUAAAGUCUUUAGGAGUAGAUUGAUAGAAAUUUUCUUGUUUUUGUUUUUAUUUUAUAUUUUAAUAAAUUGAAUA